AUGUCAUUCAACAACAGCUACGGCGACCAAUUCCAGGGCCAGCCCCAGGGCGAUAUGAACAACCAAACCCCGCAGCCCGGCGACAUGGGUCAGCCCAUGGACGCCUCCGGCAACGGCUUCCCUCCCCAGGGCAACAUGGGCCCGCCAGGCAGCGCUGGUGGCGACGGCCAAGGCCAAGGUGCUGGCAAGACGACUCUCUGGAUGGGUGAACUCGAGCCCUGGAUCGACGAGAACUUUGUGCGCAGCAUCUGGUACAACAUGGGCGAAACCGUCAACGUCAAGAUGAUCCGUGACAAGUUUUCCGGCAGCAAUGCUGGAUAUUGCUUUGUCGACUUCGCGAGCCCUGAUGCCGCGUCCAAGGCCCUUUCCCUCAACGGCCAACUCAUCCCCAACUCCAACCGCCCUUUCAAGCUGAACUGGGCCUCUGGUGGUGGUCUUGCUGACAGGAGGCAAGUCUCACCUGGCUUCCCACAUACGACAGUGAUCGCUAACGAUUCGAACAGCCGCGAUGAGCGUGGUCCCGAGUUCAGCAUAUUCGUCGGAGACUUGGGCCCCGAGGUCACCGAGUUCGUCCUCGUCCAGCUCUUCCAGAACAAGUACCAGUCCACCAAGUCUGCUAAGAUCAUGUCCGACCCCAUCAGUGGUAUGUCGCGCGGCUACGGUUUUGUCCGGUUCGCUAGCGAGGAGGACCAGCAAAAGGCCCUCACCGAGAUGCAGGGCGUUUACUGCGGCAACCGUCCCAUGCGCAUCUCUACCGCCACACCCAAGAACAAGAGCGGCGGUCCCGGAGGUCCUGGCGGCAUGGGCAUGCCACAAGGCGGCGGCGGCCCCGGAAUGGGCAUGUACUCCAUGGGCGCUCCCCCAAUGGGCGGCUACUACGGUGCCCCCCAGCCGAUGAACCAGUUCACCGACCCCAACAACACCACUGUCUUCGUCGGCGGCCUUUCCGGCUACGUUACCGAAGACGAGCUCCGCUCCUUCUUCCAGGGCUUCGGCGAGAUUACUUACGUCAAGAUUCCUCCAGGCAAGGGAUGUGGCUUUGUCCAGUUCGUUCAGCGCCAUGCUGCUGAGAUGGCCAUCAACCAGAUGCAGGGCUACCCGAUUGGCAACUCUCGCGUUCGUCUCAGCUGGGGUCGCUCACAGAACAACUCCGGCCCAGCUGGCACCCCUUACCGCCCUGCGCCACCUCCACCAGUUCCCUUUGGCCCAGGCAUGGGCAUGCCUCCGCAACACCCCUACGGUGGUGGCGGCGGUUACGGUCCGAUGAUGAAGGUAAGUCAAUCAUUCAUCCUGCUACAUGUCUGUUUGAUGCUGACUUGGCUACAUAGCUUCCCGGCGCAGGCUGGCCAGCCCUCGCCUUACCCACCUUCGAUGAACACCAACCUAGGUGGCUCGCGACCCAGCAGUCAGAGCGCAGGCCCUCCCACCAACCCCGCCAACGGCCAGACUGGUAACCCAAGCGGUCAAAAUGGCACUCCCACCUUCGGAAACUUCAGCCGCUUUGUCUCACCUCCUCCUAACGGCGCCAACGGUUCUGGCUUCGGAUCGUCCGACUUCGGCGGUGCCUUCUCGCAGCAAUUUCCUCCGCAGUAG